UGGAUGGAGGAGCUUGCUGAGCUGAAGCAGGUGUCGGGACUGCGCAUCGCUACAGAAAGCGCUGCAUACAGUAUGUUAGGACGCUGCAAGAACACCUACGCGAUUGUAUCAUAGAAUCCAAUGUCUUCGGCAGACUUGGUUUGGUGAAUUAGGAUUAUUUCUUACGGGGGAAAUCAAUCAGACGACACAAUGGUUCACCACUCCGCGUCUAUCCAGUCCUUCAAACAGCAAAAGGGUAUGCACACCAGUAUCAGUGAGAUCCUCAAAGAGAAGAGUUUGAAGCCAUCACGUCGGAGUCUGCCCUGCCUGGCCCAGAGUCGAACACACCCACAGAACCUCAACCAUAUCCUGUCUGUGCCUCUGAACCCUGAACCCUCUUCUAAGCCUCGCAGCGCCAGCCCUUCCUGCACUGACAUCUCCCACCAGACAGAAGGCGGCAAGGAUCUAUAUGCCGAGGAGUCGGAAGCUGGGGCUUACGAUUGUAGAACGGACCAGUCACUUCUGAUCAAGAAACAUGUCACUAGAGCCAGAUUGGAGGCCCGCACAGAGUCUCUUCAGGAGAACAACCCAGCUGCCCCAUCCGGGCUCUUAUUCCGAGAUGGAAAAAAGCGCAUUGAUUACAUCCUGGUGUACAAGAAGUCCAGCCCACAGGUGGAGAAGAGGUGCACCUUUGAGAGGAACCUGCGCGCUGAAGGACUUAUGUUAGAAAAAGAACCCUCUUUGACCAACAAUGACAUCAUGUUUGUGAAGAUCCACGCCCCCUGGGACACCCUGUGUAAAUAUGCAGAGCAGAUGAACAUCCGGAUGCCCUUCAGGAAGAAAUGUUACUUCACUGACUGGAAAAGCAAGGCCAUGGGCAGGUUCCAGCUACGAUGGCGGCAAUUGAAGAGCUGGCUACCGAGGAACCCAAUGAAGCUCGACAAGGAGGCCUUGCCUGACCUGGAGGAGACAGACUGCUACACUGCUCCAUUCAGCAGGGCCAGAAUGCACCAUUUCACCAUCAACAACAGAGAGACGUUCUUCUCCAAUUCCACAAGAAGCAGAAUCGUCCACCAUGUCCUUCAGCGCACAAAAUAUGAGGACAGGAAGUCCAAGAUGGGUAUCAGUCGGUUACUGGGCAAUGGGACAUAUGAAGCGGCCUUCCCUCCCCAUGAGGGUGGUUACAAGAGCAGACAUCCCAUUAAGACACAUGGUGCCCAGAACCACAGACACCUGCUCUAUGAGAGGUGGGCUCGCUGGGGGAUGUGGUACAAGUACCAACCACUGGACCUCAUAAGGCGAUACUUUGGAGAGAAAAUCGGUCUGUACUUCGCUUGGUUGGGCUGGUACACAGGAAUGCUGAUCCCCGCUGCCCUGGUAGGACUCUUUGUCUUCCUGUACGGUCUCUUCACCAUGGACUCCAGCCAAGUGAGUAAAGAGAUAUGUGAGGCCAACACCACCAUUAUGUGUCCUAUGUGUGAAAACUGCAGCUCUUGGAUACUCAGCGAUAGCUGUGUGUAUGCUAAGGUGACCCAUCUCUUUGACAACAGUGGUACUGUAUUCUUUGCCAUCUUCAUGGCAAUAUGGGCCACUGUGUUCCUGGAAUUCUGGAAGAGAAGACGGGCAGAACUCACAUAUGACUGGGAUUUGAUUGACUGGGAAGAGGAGGAGGAGGAACUGCGGCCGCAAUUUGAGGCCAAGUACUCAAGAGUAGAGAGGGUGAACCCUAUUUCUGGCAAACCUGAGCCCUUCCAACCCUUCACAGACAAACUCGGGAGGCUCAUGGUCUCAGUGUCGGGGAUCUUCUUCAUGAUGUCCCUGGUAGUGACCGCUGUGUUUGCUGUGGUGGUUUUCCGCUUGUUUGCCAUGGAGAAAUUUGUGUCUUUCAAGUGGGAGUUUGUCAAGAAGAACUGGCAGUUUGCCACCUCUGGCACUGGCGUCUGCAUCAACUUCGUGAUCAUCAUGUCCCUCAACGUGGUGUAUGAAAAGGUGGCUUACCUGCUUACAAACCUAGAACACCCUCGGACAGAGUCAGAAUGGGAGAACAGCUUUGCUUUGAAAAUGUUCUUCUUUCAGUUUGUCAAUUUAAACAGCUCCACCUUCUACAUUGCUUUCUUCCUGGGAAGAUUUGCAGGCAGACCAGGGAAGUAUAACAAGAUAUUUGACACAUGGCGAUUGGAAGAGUGCCAUCCCAGUGGCUGCCUGAUAGACCUGUGCCUACAAAUGGGAGUCAUCAUGGUUUUAAAACAGAUCUGGAACAACUUCAUGGAGUUGGGGUAUCCGUUGCUUCAGAACUGGUGGUCUCGCAGGAAGAUGAAGAAAGGAGGACAGAUAGAGAGCAAGGUGUUACUACCACAGUGGGACAAAGACUGGAACUUGCAGCCCAUGAAUGCCCAUGGUCUGGUGGAUGAGUACUUGGAAAUGGUCCUGCAGUUUGGCUUCACCACCAUCUUUGUGGCAGCCUUCCCUCUGGCUCCUCUCUUGGCCCUGCUCAACAACAUCAUCGAGAUCCGUCUGGAUGCCUACAAGUUUGUCACGCAGUGGCGCAGGCCCAUGCCAGCUCGAGCCACCGACAUUGGUAUCUGGCAUGGAGUUUUAGAGUGGAUCGGUGUGCUGGCAGUCAUCACUAAUGCCUUUGUCAUUGCCAUCACCUCGGAUUACAUUCCUCGCUUCGUCUAUGCCUUCAAGUAUGGCCCCUGUGUGAACCAGACAUAUGGAAAUAUAUGCCUGGCAGGCUACAUGAACAGCAGCUUGUCAGUGUUCGACAUGGGAGACCAGAAGAACGGACAUCCGAGAUACUGCAGAUACCGUGACUACAGGGCACCGCCCUGGAGUGCUCAACCCUAUGAGUUCACCCUGCAGUUCUGGCAUGUCCUGGCUGCCAGGCUGGCCUUCAUCAUCGUCUUUGAGCACCUGGUGUUUGGCAUCAAGUCCUUCAUUGCCUACCUGAUUCCUGACAUGCCCAAGGGCCUGUCCGAGCGUGUGCGACGGGAGAAGUACCUUAUGCAGGAGAUGAUGUACGAGGCGGAGCUGGAGCACCUGCAGAAGGAGAGGAAGAAGAAUGGCAAGCGUUAUCACCAUGAGUGGCCUUAGCUAUGUCCAACCUCAUCCACCCACACAGAGACAUACACGCUCUCACACCAUAUACACACACACAUUCACACACACACACCCCCGGAACUCACUGUCACUGAGGCGGGCCGGCCUCACUUGGCUGAAUCUGUGCUAAAGAUGCUUUUCCACCUUCUUGGAUCCAGACCUCUCUGUCUCCCCCCUAUUACUUCCCAUCUCCCCAGUCCCCUGAGAUAAUGGCUCCUGUACAUUUUGAUUCCUGCACCGAUGCCCUACACCGCUUCAGCUUUUUUACCAGCAGGAUGUCAACAUGCCAGUGCAGUGUCGCUGCUUUGAAGGAGAUCCUGUGCAGUUGUCGUGUUUACUAUGCAGAUCAAGGGCUGCAGGUCACCAGUGCUCUCCUUUCCCUCACACACCACUCACACUGUUGCUGUGGCUAAAUGGCUGGGGCCACCCACAACACAGGUCAGUCUGCUUUCCACGGACACCAACAUGGUCACUGGCUCCGUCUGACUGCGUGUUCGUUUUGCACGUAGGGAUUCUUGUUGCCGCUAAGUGGCCCCAUUAAAAAAAGGCUACCAAAAAUAUCAGACGCUUUAUGCAAAUAGACUGUAUAUUGCCCUAAAUGCAUGCAAAAUUACAUUCUGUUUUUUUUUUUUUUUUUUUGAAAAUGCAUAACCAACACACACAGACACACUGUAUGAGAAUAUUGGUAAAUUACAGUUCCAUCAAAGAAUGCUCCGUAAACUGCAUGUUGGGUUUUGCUUCUAAGCACACCUUGUACGUCCUAUGGUCUCGGUGCCUGGUUUGAUGUGGAAUUUUCUCCUGUGUGAGCCCUUUUUGUCAUCGUGAUUGUGGCAAUGUAAAUUGUCCCACAAGCUAUGGGGCUGUGAGUUGCGAGCUCGAUGUAGUUUGUCCAGUUGUGUGUGCGUACAUGUUUGUUUGCGGUGAAAUGGCUUCAACGGUGACAUUGGAGAUAAAGGAACUGCCUAAUCGUGAACAGCAUUUUGAGGUCCAUUUUCAAUGGCCAAGAAGCAUGAUGAUUUUUGUCUUUCUAUCCAUCACCUCAACUCUUUGCCUUCAGCCUUUGAAUUUUCCACUGUAACAGAAAAAAAUGUACAUUUUGCCUUAGGAGAAUUUAAGGGUAAACCUUUGAAGAAAUGCAUGUUGAGAAAAUGGUUUUACACAUAAAAUCUUUAUGUUACACCAUCAAUGGCUCAAUAACUAGCAUUUCCGUCUUCUUGCAAGUUUUUAGUAGUAUGUCUCCAC